UAUCCGUCGCCAUUUUUAGGGAAACUUUACAGGCAGUCGUUAGCCGCUAGCGCCUUCUUCCAGCCAGCUCCCAUUGACAGUUAAAGCUCUGCUGUCGUUAGCUGCUAGCAUUGCUUUGCAUUAAAUAGUUUGUUAUUCCCGCUGUCAGAGCCAGUCAGCACAGCCGGAGAGACACGAAUAUAGUUCAUAUGGAGAAUUAGAAAAGAAUUGAAGCCAGUUGCGUUUAUCUUUUUAUUUUUUAUUUUUGGGUAGUGCAGUUAUGGUUUUUGGUUAACAACUUAGCAUUGCUAUCUUGAACAACAGGCGAAUUUCCCACUUUGAUUUCCCCGAGCUGCAUUGGCAGUCUGUGAUUUUUAGCCACCCUGGGCUCCUGCGGGUAGAGAUAUUGGAUUAUUCUGCCUCGUAUCCCAUCACCCCAUGUGUUUUUUUCCUGUUUGUCGGUGUCCAUGCGUUGACCUCCUCAGGCUCCCACAUAACUGCAAAUGAAUCUUCAGCUGCUUUGGUGUAGCUCAGCGCCCAGAUAGUCCCAUCCGUCUGUACGGGCGAUACGGGACUACGUAAACCAGGAUGCCAUCCUCUGGGAGGGCAGGGAGCCUAAAGGAUCCGGACGUGGCCGAACUGUUCUUUAAAGAAGACCCGGAGAAGCUUUUCUCUGACCUCAGAGAGAUUGGCCAUGGCAGCUUUGGGGCCGUCUACUUUGCACGGGACGUGCGAACGAACGAGGUGGUGGCAAUUAAAAAGAUGUCUUACAGUGGUAAACAGUCUAAUGAGAAAUGGCAGGACAUCAUUAAAGAGGUCAAGUUUCUCCAGAGGAUCCAACACCCUAACAGCAUAGAAUACAAAGGAUGUUACCUCCGUGAGCACACAGCAUGGUUGGUGAUGGAGUAUUGCCUUGGCUCAGCCUCUGACUUGCUUGAAGUCCAUAAAAAACCUUUACAAGAAGUUGAGAUUGCUGCCAUUACACACGGUGCUCUGCAGGGGCUGGCAUACCUUCACUCCCACAAUAUGAUUCACAGGGAUGUAAAAGCUGGUAACAUCCUGCUGACUGAGCCUGGCCAAGUCAAACUGGCAGACUUUGGCUCUGCCUCCAUUGCCUCACCUGCCAAUUCCUUUGUGGGAACACCAUAUUGGAUGGCCCCAGAGGUGAUUCUAGCUAUGGAUGAGGGCCAGUAUGACGGCAAAGUGGAUGUCUGGUCCUUGGGCAUUACCUGUAUAGAAUUAGCCGAGAGGAAGCCUCCACUCUUCAAUAUGAAUGCAAUGAGUGCCUUAUACCACAUAGCGCAGAAUGAGAGCCCCACGCUGCAAUCCAGUGAAUGGACGGAUUACUUUAGAAACUUUAUCGAUUCUUGCCUUCAGAAAAAUCCCCAAGACAGGCCACAUUCUGACGACAUGCUGGGUCACGCGUUUCUGCAGCGUGAACGUCCAGAUUCAGUGUUGAUGGAUCUCAUUCAGAGAACCAAGGAUGCGGUGCGAGAGCUAGACAACCUGCAGUACCGCAAGAUGAAGAAGAUACUCCUUCAAGAGGCUCACAAUGGGCCGACCACAGAGCCCCAGGAUGGAGAGGAGGACCUGGAGUUAGGCGGAGGUCGUACAGGAACGGUGAACAGCGUUGGCAGCAAUCAGUCCAUCCCCAGCAUGUCCAUCAGUGCCAGCUCCCAGAGCAGCUCUGUCAACAGCCUGAACGAAGCGGCCCAAGACAGCCGCAGUGAGCUGGACUUAAUGGAGGGAGACCACACGGUCAUGUCAAACAGCUCAGUGAUACACGUCAAACCGGAGGAAGAGGAGAGUCUCUCUGGUGAGCAGGCAGCAAGCAGCGAACCUACCGAGCCACAGCCAGCUCCAGUUCAGGCCCAAAAGAAGCACUACCGCAACAGAGAGCACUUUGCUACAAUACGCACAGCAUCCCUUGUGACGCGUGAGAUGCAAGAACAUGAGCAGGACUCUGAGCUAAGGGAGCAGAUGUCAGGGUACAAACGCAUGAGGCGGCAGCAUCAGAAGCACCUGAUGGCCCUGGAGAACAAGCUGAAAGGAGAGAUGGAUGAGCAUCGGCUGAGGCUGGACAAGGAGCUGGAGAGUCUGAGGAACAAUUUCACUCAGGAGAUGGAGAAGCUGCUCAAAAAACACCAAGCUGCACUAGAGAAAGAUCUGAAGACAUUUGCCAACGAUGAGAAGAAGUUUCAGCAGCACAUCCAGGUCCAGCAGAAGAAGGAGCUCAGCAGCUUUUUGGAGUCGCAGAAGCGGGAAUACAAACUACGCAAGGAGCAGCUAAAAGAGGAACUGAGCGAGAACCAGUCGACUCCCAAAAAGGAGAAGCAGGAGUGGCUUUCCAAGCAGAAGGAAAACAUUCAGCACUUCCAGGCAGAAGAGGAGGCCAACCUGCUGAGGAGGCAGAGGCAGUACCUGGAGCUGGAGUGUCGCCGGUUCAAACGGAGGAUCCUAAUUGCCAGACACAACGUGGAGCAGGAUCUAGCAAGAGAGGAGUUGAACAAGCGGCAGACGCAGAAGGAUCUGGAACAUGCAAUGCUGCUCAGGCAUCACGAGUCCAUGCAGGAGCUGGAGUUCAGGCAUCUGGCGACUAUCCAGAGGGCACGCGCCGACCUGAUCCGAACCCAGCACCAGACUGAGCUCACCAACCAGCUGGAAUACAACAAGAGGAGGGAGAGGGAACUGAGGCGUAAGCAUGUCAUGGAGGUCCGACAGCAGCCUAAAAGCUUGAAGUCCAAGGAGCUUCAGAUUAAGAAGCAGCUGCAGGAGACGUGUAAGACACAGACACGGCAAUACAAAGCGCUCAGGAACCACCUGCUGGAGACCACCCCAAAAUCUGAGCAUAAGGCUGUUCUCAAGAGGCUGAAGGAGGAACAGACCAGGAAGCUGGCCAUCCUGGCCGAGCAGUACGACCACUCCAUCAGUGAGAUGCUAUCUACACAGGCACUACGGUUAGAUGAGGCUCAGGAGGGUGAAUGUCAGGUUCUGAGGAUGCAGCUGCAGCAGGAGCUGGAGCUUCUCAACGCCUACCAGAGCAAGAUCAAGAUGCAGACAGACGCACAGCACGACAAGGAGAGGAGGGACCUGGAGCAGAGGGUGUCCCUGAGGAGGGCUCUGCUGGAGCAGAAGAUCGAAGAGGAAAUGCUUUCCCUCCAGAAUGAGCGUUUGGAGCGAAUCCGCUCCCUGCUGGAGCGCCAGGCUCGUGAGAUUGAGGCUUUCGACUCUGAGUCGCUGCGGCUGGGCUUCAGCAACAUGGUAAUCACCAACCUGGCUCCCGAUUCCCAAGGAGGCUGGGGGGGGGGAGGCGGUGGAGGAGGAGGAGGCAGUCAGGGGGGAAGCCAGUGGCCAGGAAGUGGCGGAGGCGGCAGCCAUCAUGGUCAUCACCAGGGGGGCUCCAGUUCGCAGCAGCCCUGGGGUCACCCUAUGCUUGCAGGCGGCCCGCCACCCUGGAGCCUUCACCAUCCUGGAGGAGGCAGUCAGAGAAGUAGUCAGGGAGGUGCGGGAGGGGUGAGGAACAGCCCACAGGCUAUGAGGAGGACGUCAUCAGGGGGGAGGAGUGAGCAGGGCAUGAGCAGGAGCGCCAGCAUCACCUCUCAGAUCUCCAACGGUUCCCACCUCUCAUACACCUAAAAAAAAAACACUCAAGAAACACAAUCGCUGUAAAUUACAACACACUAAAUGCACAGCACACAUAAUUUCCCACAAUGCACAUGGCAUGGUAGACUGGCGAGACGGGGCUCUCUGUGGAAACCCAUGAGAGCUGAAACCAAAUUAGUGUCUUUUAAUGGCGGUUAGUCUGCCAGAGCAGACUGUGUUUAUAUGAUAGCUGUCAAGUUAGUGUCUGCUGCCAUUUAACCCCUGAUGGUAUAUUUAACAUGGAGUUCAACUAGAGGUGAUAGUUUUCAGUUUUUUUAUGAUUUAAAAUGCAUAAGUUGGUUGAGUCAGAUGUUGGCACAAGUCAUGUCGUUAAAAAAUGCUUUGGCUUUAACAUAAAUAAAGAAUUAAGAAAUCCUGUGGGAUGCCAUCGAAACACUUUUUUCGAAACAGUUUUUCGUAUGCUUGGAAGUAAAUGUCAGUGAGGCAUAAGUGUCGACAGAGUAAAGAAGAUUCAAAAGAGGGAGAAAAGAACGUCUACUGAAAACAUCCACUGGAUGUUUCCUAGUAUACUAGAAGCUUAGAAUUUGAUUUGAAAAGGUUUGAAGCAGUAUGGUAACAAGAAAACAGAUUUUCUUUAUUUGUAUUUUUUUAAAUGACUGAAUAUAACAAAAAAAAGCACUUCAGUUGAUUUAUAUUCCAUCUACAUCCAGCAUCUUUCAAUUAAAAUUAAUGAUAAUGACCUUAUUUCUUUUUUCUAAAAGCACUUAUAAUAAAGUACUGAACUCCUGAAAAAAAAAAAAAAAAGUUUUUUGGUUGUAUUUCAGAUUUUUCUAGACCAGUAUUUAAAACUGAACCCAUGAUUUUAGAACUCUGUUUGGUUUAGAUGAAAGACGCAGCAGCUGUCCUACUCUCUUUGAAAUGUCAAAAGACAGAGAUUUAAGGGAACGGUGUAGGAUAAUUUGCUGAUUCAAACUUUAUACAUUUAAAGCACAGUUUAAAUAAAUUGUUGAAGAUGGCACAAAGAUAAAAAUUUGCAUUAAUUAAACUCAAGAGUUGAAGUUCAGCAAUAUCUUCUUCAUUUUUCCGUAAUUUUUUUUACAUAACACCUAAAAAAAACACCUUGCUAGUUCUUUAUUUAGACUUUUUGUGGUGAACUGCCUAGAAAACCUUUGAGUUUGGAACAGUGUUGCAUUUUGAUUUUGAAAAUGUGUUAAAUGCAUUUAUAUUCAGAAAACAGGGUUGUACUUUGUAAAAUUAAUAAUUAAUAGUUGAUUAUCAGUGUUGGCUUUACUGUGUGAACCACAGAGAUUGGAGGCUUUAACAUAACACAGAGAUCUAAAGGCCAAAGACAUUUCAAAGUCUUAGAUGUUUCAGGACAUACUAAGACAGUGAACCUGAGCUCUGAAGGACAGAGCAACUUUCCUGUUACUUUCCAGUUUCCUGUUAUUUGGCUGACUUCAGGUCAGUUUGCCCUUUCCUCAAUUAAAAAAAUGUACCUUAAGUUAGGAACAUAGCUGGUGCAAAAUCCUAAAAGUUGAGUAUAAAUCAAAAGCAGCACUUACUGUACCAAAGAUCUCUGCGUUGCUUCAGUCUAAAUCAACAGAUGACUAUACUUAUUUGUCUACUUUUUGCUUCUUACAUUUUGCUGAUUUUAAAACCCUUCCUGAGUAACCCUUAGCUCACUUUGACCUCUUCCUUAACGUCCAUGCCAAAUAAUGUCGUUUGGACAGCCUGGUUGCCUUUAGUGCUGCGUUUAAUACAUGGAAGAAGAGGAUUGUGCCUCCCAGCCAGUUUCUUGGUGCAUCUCUCUUUAUUUGAAGAAUUUGUGUCAGACUGCUAACAUGCUAAUUGUAGCAGUUGCCAGCACUGGACUGUUUGUCAGUGUGUGCCAGAGAGGCUUGGUCAGUUUAAGCCACACGGCCGAGUAGUAAUAGUAGUCAGUUUUGGCUCAGCUCUUGGGUUUCCACAGACCUUUUCCCAGGCCGUCUCACUCUAAAGGAUGCUGUCGCCAUAUUAAUCCACCAUCCUCCAUGGAAAGGAUGGGUUUUCAGCAGUUCCUAACCACAACUUGAAUAUAAACUGGUCUUCACCUGUUAGCAGUAACUCUACAGUGUCCCAAACAAUGCAGUAAAGCCUGAAAGUUGCACUUUGGCCAUGGCUCGCUCUGAAGGUCAGAUGCGAUUUUAUUCUCAUGCACACAUGGUAGAAGAACGUAGACUUGGCUGAUGGAUGCAUGUACAGAGAAAAUGUAAACGUUAAACUUUUCAGGAAAAAAAUGUAACACAGAUCUGUUGUUAAAGGAGAUGUAAAUGUUGAUUUAAAAAAAAAAAAAAAAAAGAAAGGCCUCAAAGAUGAAAACUAAUGAACAGCUUGGUUGGUGACUGCUGAAUGUUUCAGUGGAUCUAUGGGUGGUGAUGCUGGGAUUUCCGCUGCCGUGCCCCUGCUAAGCCCCUCCCCAGUGUGACACCCCGCUCUGUCUCACCCUCCGAGCUGACCGCCCAUCUCCCUGCAUCCUUCGCUUCCAUCCUUCCCUCCCGUGUCUCCAGAGGUCCCUUGGGGCCCUUCGCUAAUCUGCAGGGAAAUGACCCCCCAAAAUAAAAGAAAAAAAAAAUGAACUGGAUAUGUGUUGUUUCCUAAAUCUAUUAAAGAGAACAUUUUAGAGAAGAUCCAAGUCUUAUUGUGAAAUGCUUUAUGGUUUUCACAGAUGGAAUGUACAGUCGCUAUGUUAAUAUUGUACAGUCCAGAAAACUAAAUGACAAAUCAAAGCGAAAUGAAACCUGCGAUGAGGGCACAACGCUGUGGCUUUAAAGUUGCUGUAGCUAAAACAAGCAUUUUCUGAGUUUUUAUUUGUUCUCUUUGCAGCUGUUACAUAUAUUUUGAUGGAAAACACAACUUUAGGUCAAAAUGCCUUGAGGAAGUAACAACAUUGUUCAAAAGUGUAUGAGGGGUAUUUUUGCACAUGAUUUCAACCCUUUUCUCCUUUAGUUUUGACUGUGUUACACUGACAAUGUUACAUGAGGUAGACUAAAGCCUAAAGUAUACCCUUAGAAUUAAGUGUUUAGGCCACAAUACUUGAUGCACUCUUCACCCUGAAGUCCAAAUUGUUGCACAAGGCUGAGAAUUUUAUUUGAAAGAAUUUGUGAAUAGGUUACUUUAAGCCUUGUGGGAAGUGCUGACUUUACUCAGGCAAUCCCACAUGGGUAACUUAUUGAAAGCAUUUUUUUUUUUUACCUUUGAAUUAUUUACCUCUAAAAAUAAGCAACAACAGUUUCACCCCCAUCUGUUUAAACAUGCUAGUUUCUCUGUUUAGUAACAUAACCCGUGUUCGUAGUUGUUAAAUUUCUUUAUUCCUCUGCUCUUCAUCUCUUUAGUGUUCUACUCCCAAUGUUUUUAUUUUCCACAAGCUGUCUGCAGAGGGCCAAACAAGCUGCAGAGUUUUAGAUGUAUUUACUAGAUUUUUCUUCUUUUUCUGCAAAGCAGUGGGGGCAGAGUCUAGCUUUAGACAUUGGUCGCUCUGAACUGGAUCGGUUGCACUGAUUGCACAAGUAGCUGACCAGUUUUAUGAGUCUACUGUGACACCCUCUCCCUCCCCUUCCUCCUGCUGAAGGGGGCGGCUGCUGUCGGCUGAAGUAGGUGAAAGGCCAGGUUACUUAUCUGUACAGACUGUUUAUCAGUAUUCCUUUAAUCCUUUUUGUCAUAUUUGGUGAAUCUUGCUGUUUUCUUUUUUCUUUUUCCUGGUCCUGAGAUCUGUAUUAAACUGUAUUAAAGUGUAUAGUUUGUGCAAAUAAAAAAUAAAACAGCUGAAUGUUCCAUAGCAGAAGAGAAUAGAUAUUCCUUCAGAGGAAAAAUAAGUGAUUUAAAAUGUAUAAAAGUAAUUCAGAUGCAAAGUUUAGGGGAUAAAUGUAAUAUUUUGUUUGUAAUUACUAUCUUUUGUUGGAAGAGGGCUACUGGAUAAAGAAUCACCUGUAAUAAAGUAAUUUUAAUAUUU